ACUGAACGCGACACUUAUCACGACGAUGUAAACAACUCUAAAAUGUGUGUAUAUCUUGUCACCACGCAUUGAGAUUGUGAUCAGAUUUUGUGACAGAUCCUGUUUGUGAACAGUUGCAAGCUUGGCUGCCGCACACUCGCUCAGUUAACAGGUUGUGGCGUAUAUAUUUUCCAAUAUAUCCGACGGGUCACAUGUGCAUGUGUACGCGCUGAUUGUCACGUACACAUUUUGACAGUGCCUCGUGCAAUCACUGCUGCUGCACUCUGCACGGGCUAGUCCUUUGUCAUAGUAUCAGCAUAGUCUCUGCGUACGUCUUCGUCGAGUGAGUUUCACACUACGUUGCCCUCAUCAUUCAUUUAGCGGCUCAAACAGCAAGUUAAGAGCCAUGUCCAUUGCAAAGCGAGUCGUCCAGGUGAUCAACCUAGGACGCAUGGGCUUCAUGGCCGCUUCAGACGUCCAGCAGCGCUAUGCUCGGCAACAUUUUGAUGAACUUGCUGGAAAAUCAGUUGGAAGUGACACUAUUCUUCUUGUAGAGCACAAUCCAGUUUACACAACCGGAAUCAGAACGUCGGGGUACGAUGCCGAUGAUGAAAAAAAAUUGAAAACUCUCGGGGCGGAAUUUUUCCGAACCAAUCGUGGAGGGUUGAUCACGUUCCAUGGACCAGGUCAGCUGGUCGCGUAUCCCAUCUUGAAUCUGAAGCAUUUUGAACCAAGCAUGAAGUGGUACAUUGCCAGUUUGGAAAAAACAAUGAUCGGAAUGUGCAAGCAUUUUGGUGUGUCAGCGAAAACAACACAGGACACUGGUGUGUGGGUGAAUGAUCGCAAGAUUGGUGCUAUUGGUGUGCAUGGUAGUCGCUACGUGACAACCCACGGAAUUUCUGUCAAUUGUGACACAGACUUGGACUGGUAUAAACACAUAGUCCCGUGUGGAAUCGAAGGCAAAGAAGUCACAUCCCUAUCCACGGAACUGAGAAAGACAAUCAAAAUAUCCGACGCAAUCUAUCCAUUCCUGAAAUCCUUCGAGCACACAUUUGACUGCCAGAUUGAGUAUUCCCUCCUCGAGGCGUCGGACCUUCACGGGAUGUACACCCAGUCAGUGCAGCCUGCGCAGCAGGUGCAGGCGGUCAGGCAGAUGUCCACGUUGGUGCCCAGAGCCAAGUCCAACCCGAUGUGGUAAAGGCUUGGAGUGAGUGAGGAUGUGAGAUUAUGAACAAGGUGUUGAAACACUGAGUAUUGAUGUGAAGACACCACAUACGACCUUGACCUUUAUUUUCAUGUGACCUUCAUUGUCUUGACCUUGACAUGACAUUUCUUGAACGUUGUACAAGAAUUGGUAUUGGGAUAGGUUCCGAUGCUUAGUAUCUGAUGAACACAACAUGUGUGACCUUGAACUUGUGCUGACCCUUGGUGUCUAGUAACCUUUAAGGUUUAUUCUACACUAUGUGCUGCAAGGUAGGAAGAUCUUUGGCUGAUCUGCAGAUUAAGACUCAGAUGAGUGAAAAAACCCGAAAAAGGCAAUAUAUGGCCGAUUAAAAAGGGGUAAACGGCCUUUAAGGCACCUCGUAUUGGUGCUGAAGUCGAAAUGCUUCCUUCUCAUCUCCCAUUGUAGAUAAUGUAAUGUUUCUCUGCCUUGAGUGCAAUGUCAUGUAGAUUUAUGAUAAACUGUAUAACAUGUUAGUGAUAUGUGUGACUGUGUGGAUCAGUGUCACAUAAUGAGAAUCGUUGAAGGUAACCAUGAUUGACGGGUGUAAUUCUGAUCACAUUUUGUAAUGUGAUAAUAACAAUAAAUUGUGUUUCAAGCUUAUAAAUCAAAGGUGGUCUCAAUAGGGAUGGCUAGGAUGUUUGUAAUAUCAGAAAAUGUGACACCUAGAGAGUUCUUUUGUUGUUGUUUUUUUACAGGUAAAAUAAAGAAAUAGAAGUUUUUCAUGAAACUAAGGGCCGGGGUGGCCCAGAUGUCUAAGGCGCCGUGAUUCGCUGUGCAGAGUUGCAUCCCUGGGCACGCCAGAAACCUAUGAUCGUGGGUUCGAAUCCCGGUUCACCCCGAUUAUGUUUCUAGGUUUGUCGGCACCAUACCCGUGCUCGUGGGUUUCACCGAAGCGGUAAACGUCUGAGACCUGCAUCACUUCGGGCUUUCCUCCCAAAUUAAGCUGACAUGCUGCGAUAUAACUGGAAUACUGUUAAAAGCGGGGUUAAACCCAACUCACUCACUCUUGAAACUAUGCACUUUGAUCAUAAGUUAAUGAGAUCUUGUUAAAGAAAGAUAAUAAAAAAAGUAGUGUGCACUUGGUAUGAAAUCAGACAACCAUCUUGCAAAAUGUGUCCUGAGAUGUCGGGUAGCCUAUUGGUUAAUGUGUUUGCCUGUCACACCCAGCUCGGGUGGGCUAAAGAUAGUAUGAACCAUACUCCGUCUCUUGCUCUGACUUCGAUGUAGGCAUGUGACUUCGAUGUAGGCAUGUGACUUCGAUGUAGGCAUGUGACUUAGGUGUAGGCAUGUCGUAGGAAGAGAAGUGUGGACUUGAGUAGUGUGAAGCUUCAUUGGAUGAAACGAUACAACAGUGCAUCGUGAGUUUUCAUGCGACGAUACAAUACGCAAUACGUUUUUUUCUGUAUCGAUACAAUACACUUGCUAAAUUAAAUUACAUACUACUUGUUCAAUGCCCCUGCCCCCAGCGUUUUUUGGCAGUCAAAUAUUACAAAAUGUGCUGUAAUUAGCAUUUCAAGUUUACUAAUCCCAAUACCCACUACGAACAUAUGUCUACAUGUGUUUCUUUUGAACCUGCUCCGAAAUAUUGAAAGUCAAGUUUCCACGUGAUUGUGAUGUAAAUAUGGGUUUUGCGAUAUGUAUCGUAUCGUGACCUACCUAUCGCAAUACAUAUCGUACCUUGACCUUACUAUAUCGUUUUAUCUCUAGAAGCCUCUUGUGCCUCGGGGAUUACCAGAAGCGAAAUCCUGCGACGCAUAAAUAUUGCAAAUAGACGCGAGAGAAAUAGGAGUACAUUCAGUGAGAGGCAGAAAAUUUGUGUGCAUGUUUAGGAAUUUACUUGUGGUAGAGUCCUGUCUCUGUACCUCUUGGGGGAGAUGCCUGGUUGAAAGGUCCAGGGGCCGUUUCACAAAGCGAUCGUAGCGCUACGACAUCCAUAACUCCCAUACUUUUAACAUAGUCUUACGACCGUCUUAGCGCUAAGAUCUCUUUGUGAAGCGGGUCCCAGGUGGUUAAAACGUUUACAGUGAGGUGAUAGAUGUGUUUGUAUUUGGACAAAAAUAGGCCUCUGAAAACCAAAACAAGACUACCUAGUUUGUAUAAAUAUUAUAAUUCAGCCCAGCUUUGGGAUAUGGAUAAUUGGGCCUCAAUCCUACCAAAUCUGGAAAAAAUAUUUUAGAUCUGGAAAAUGAGAACUUGACAUCAGUUGUGUGCCAUUAGGUCUGAUUGAUAAUUUGAAUAUGAACACGUAUUGAUUAAUGAACUGAGACCUGAUUGGCUUGUCAAACGCCUUCACAUUGCCUACUUAUAAUACUAAAAAUAAGCAAAGGAUCACCCGAUUCAUUCAUAUUGCGAUUGUUCCAUCUGACAGAUUACUAGAGUAAUAUGAAAGAAUUAGGGGUCCUUAACUUAUUUUGAGUAGUAUAGUGUCAAUCUUUGUGUUUGUUGAAUAUUAUACAAUAUGGGAUUCUUAAUUGUAGGGUAAUGGUUCUGUUUGUGUUUGUUAUGUUACUAUUACAGUUUUUGUUUUAUUCACCAUGUUUUUUACCAGCACAUGGGAUAUGCUUUUGUUGAGUUGAAUUUGAAUUUGAGCUUGAGUAUUUGAGUGGGAGAAAAGAGAUGUCCAAUCACAGGUCCAAGCUGUAAUGAAAAUGUGAAGCAUGAAAAUGUGAAGCAUGUAUGGAACAACAUUAAGGCCAUAAUUUCCAUCUAAGGGCCUGGGAGUUUUGUUGUGAUAUAUUUUUUUCUCGAACCUGCAUACGAGCACACACAUGUGACACACACAGGCAUACAACAUAGGACACACACAAAUAUGCAACUUAACAUACCUUUUCAAUUAUUAUCUUCCUGGAUGGGUUCAAGUUGAUUUGUCAUGUACUAUCUCACCUUAUACAUUGUUUCAACAUUGGCAUUAUUUGAAUAUAGGUAAUUAUGGUUGUUCAUGGACACAUUAAUCUUUGUGUAGGACACUAUGCUUGUAAACUGGCCAACAUAUAUGCAUAUUGAACAGGUAUUUUCCAUGUUUGUCAGUUUCCACACAGAGCUAGUAAUCCCCAUUUCAUGACCUGGGUAGACUAUAGCAUGCACACUGCUGACUUGCAUGUCAGUACCUGAAGCCAUUCAUAUAUUGUAAGGGACUGACGAUUUUAUUUUGAGGGGGGUGGGGGGGGCCUGAAUAUUCUUUCUGGAAAAACACCUGGUGGGGGGGGGGAGGGAGUGAAGUUUUUUGUGGCAGACAGUCUGAAACAUAAUUAUUUUGUUCCAAGAAUUUUCUGGGACAAAUGUUUUUAGAGGGGAUAAUAUCCCCCCAACCCCCUACCACCCACAGAAUAUAUGGUCGGUCCCUAAAUAGAUUAUUUCUCCGCAUCAAUACUAUAUCCAUGUUUCACCAUAUAUAUUUUUAACUGUGAGCUAUCUGAAGCUCUGAAAAUAAACAGAAAACAGUUCAAUUCAAAUGUAAAAUUAGUUCUAUGUGGGAGUUUUCCUCCUUCACAAUCCUGAUUUAAGUAGCUGUAUGUGACAGUUGCUUGACAAUUUCUGAAACAAUAUUUUCCUGAGGUCACUUAUGGCCACUUAGCAGGUUUCAUUUCAAGCAAUUAAACCAAUUAAUGUUUGUGUAUAUUACAACUAACUUUCAGUCAGCUGUUGUAUUAUGUUACAUAACACUAUACUACUCAUUAUUUGAUAGAGACAGAUAUUUCAUACUAUGCUACUCAAAAGAAGUUAAGGAACACCCCACUAUAUUUAAUGUUAUCACAUGACAAGAAAACAAUAUGGUGUUCUUUAACUUUUUUUUAGUGGUAUAUAUGGAUCUGUGUGUCCUAAGUAAUCAGUUGGGUGUAUUUGGAAUAUCCCUACCAAACGUUGAGCAGUUUAUUCCCGGUGUUCCGAGAGCAGUAUUAUGGGGUCAAUGGUGCUCAACAUUACACUACGCAGGCCAGCCAGCAUGUUACUAAAACGUGUAUGUACAUUUACACUGUGUAACCAUGAAUUAUGGAAAAGUUUAAUAAAACCAUUUUAAGACCAAAA